AAGGCAUUUGACAGUGUAGAUAGAAGAACGUUAUGGAAACUUCUUCGACACUAAAGAGUUCCUGAGAAGAUUGUCAACACUAUCCAAAACUCAUACGACGGACUAAAGUGCAAAGUCGUGUAUGGAGGACAGAUGACAGAUGCAUUACAAGUAAGGAUCGGAAUCAUACAAGGCUGCUUACUCUCUCCUUCCUCUUUCUUCUGGUGGUCGACUGGAUGAUGAAGGCUUCGAUAUCUGAGGGAAAACAUGACAUACAAUGGACAGCUCGGAACCAAUUAAACGAUUUGGACUUCGCACAUGACCUAGCCCUCCAAUCGCAUACACACGUACAAAUGCAGAUAAAGACAGCCAGCAUAGCAGCAGUCUCUGCAUCAGUAGGCCUCAACAUACACAAUGGGGCAAAAUCAAGAUCGUCAAAUACAACAUGGAGAACAGCAAACCAAUCAUUCUUGAUGGCGAAACUCUGGGAGAUGUGGAAUCCUUCACAUACACCUGGGAAGCAUCAUCGAUGCACAAGGAGGUUCAGAUGCAGACGUAAUGGUGAGGAUUGGCAAAGCAAGAACAGCAUUCCUUCAGUUGAUGAACAUAUGGGACUCAAAACAACUUUCAACCAAUAUUAAAGUCAGAAUCUUCAAUACGAAAGUCAACACAGUUAUUUCUAUUGUGGCGAACUACAACAACCACCAUCAUCAAGAAGGUACAAGUAUUUAUCAAUAGCUAUCUACGCAAGAUACUGAACAUCCAUUGGCCGGAUAACACCAGCAACAGCCUUUUGUGGGAGAGAACCAACCAGCUUCCAGCUGAAGAGGAAAUUAGGAAAAGACGAUAGAAAUGGAUCGAACAUACAUUAAGGAAAUCACGAAACUGGAUCACGAGACAAGCGCUAACUUGGAAUCCUGAAGGAAAGGGGAAAAUCUGAAGGCCAAAGAACACAUUACGUCGGGAAAUAGAAGCAAAUAUGAAAAGGAUGAAUAAGAACUGGAAAGA